ACAAACACGGUCAUAUUAACGUGACAUUAAAAUUCUUAAUUUCUUUUGUUUUGAAAGCAGCGGCGAAUUUUCAGGGUGACCUGUAUCUAAUAUUUCGUCCCAUUAGAUAUGCAUAUGCCAUCAUUAAUUAUUAUACCGUGACCGUAUUAUAUCUCACUCCCAGCGAGGUCGAAUAAAGUAAUUAAAGCCGUUUUAGUCAUGCAUGCCACUUAAAGCAUACUGAUGUUUAAAUCACAGAAAUACAGAAAGCGCAAGGGAUAGGGGCUCGGGGACCGGCCAUUUGUGCAAAGCCGCGUCCCUUUCAGGAGGCUGCGCUCUUGACGCAUUUACGGCAAGGAAGACGGCAGCGACCAGCCGAGCCGAGAGCCGGACUGACGGCGAGAUGCGGGGCGGUGCUCGCUGCUUGCUGGGGCCGUGACUCCCGGAGAAAUUCUCAUCAUCAUGCCGGGAAAUCAUGCCUCACAGCACGCAUAAGAUCAAGCCCGUUUGAUAGUGUGUGCUUUUCUUUUUCUUUGCCAUUCCCACGUAACGAUCCCGGUCAUGGGGCUGUGCUACAGCCUGCGUCCGCGCCUCUUCGGGGAGCCGAGCACCUCCGGGACGGAUUCGGAGCAGCCGGCCGCCUGCUGCCCGAGGGAGCCCCAUUGCGGAGGCGCUGGCGCAGACGGACUGCUGCUGCUGCAAAACGGUGCCGGCAGAGGAGAGCAGGGCGGCCGGCGGCCACAAGCGGCGCGCAAGCGGAGGGACGGGGACAGGCAUCAGCCGGAGGAGAAGGAGGAGAAAGAGGCCGAAAAGGAGGCAAAGAAAAUCAGCAAAAAUAUCGACAAGGCCCUUAAGGAGCUGCGACGGGAAUACGAGCAAACCCACCGGCUGCUGCUCCUCGGCGCCGGAGAAUCCGGAAAGAGCACCAUUGUCAAGCAGAUGCGGAUCCUGCACGUCAAUGGUUUCAAUGCAGAUUCCCUAAUCUCAGGCACAGGGGAAAAGAAACAGAAAAUCCAGGACAUUCGGAAGAAUGUGAAGGAUGCCAUAGUGACUAUAGUAUCAGCGAUGAGCACUUUAAUACCCCCAGUUCCACUGGCCAACCAAGGAAACCAGUUCAGAGUUGACUACAUCAGAAGUAUAGCUCGCCAUUCUGACUUCGACUACACCCAGGAGUUCUUUGACCAUGCGAAGAAGCUGUGGGAAGACGAGGGGGUGAAGGCCUGCUUUGAGCGCUGCAAUGAGUACCAGCUCAUCGACUGUGCACAAUACUUUCUUGACAGAAUUGAUUCUGUGAGACAGAACGACUAUACACCGACAGACCAGGACUUGCUUCGCUGCAGAGUUUUGACUUCAGGGAUUUUUGAAACAAAAUUUCAAGUAGACAAAGUAAAUUUUCAUAUGUUUGAUGUAGGUGGCCAGAGAGAUGAAAGAAGAAAAUGGAUUCAGUGCUUUAAUGACGUUACUGCUAUUAUCUUUGUUGUUGCGAGCAGCAGUUACAACAUGGUAAUCAGGGAAGACAACAGCACCAACCGGCUGCGGGAGGCUCUGGAUCUUUUCCGAAGCAUCUGGAAUAACAGGUGGUUACGGAACAUUUCGGUCAUCCUAUUCCUGAAUAAACAAGACAUGCUGGCGGAGAAGGUAUUAGCAGGAAAAUCACAAAUUGAAGACUAUUUUCCUGAGUAUGCUCGUUAUACGAUGCAAAAUGAAGGAACUCCUCAGCCUGGGGAAGACCCAAGAGUGACCAGAGCCAAGUGCUUCAUUCGAGAUGAAUUCCUUAGGAUCAGCAUGCCCAGUGGAGAUCGCAAGCGCUACUGCUACCCGCACUUCACCUGCGCUGUUGACACAGAGAACAUCCGACGUGUUUUUAACGACUGCCGGGACAUCAUCCAAAGAAUGCAUCUUCGGCAUUAUGAGCUCUUAUGAUGGACGGACGCACCUGUUCGUGUGAGGACAGUGAGCGCCACUUGACGCUGUGAAAUUUGUCAUUUUUCCCACAAUGCCAUUAGAACCCCAUGUCAUUCUUGCAGUCAGGAAUGCGCGGGAGUGCAUUCUUCCUUCAUACUCCAGCUUUUGUGUCAUUCCAGUCAGUCUCUGACUACCUCUCUUUCUGUUAUUUUCGGUGUCACGCCUGGACCAUCUAAUAUUGCCUGCAGGUGGGAGAGAGAUGGCAUUUUCCCAGGGUACAGGAGUACCGACUUUGUGACUCACCCCUGUGAUGUGCGGGGCCUCUGCAUUGACGGCAGAGGACGGGGUGGUCCCUCUGUGCCACAGAGGAGGAGUACAGGUCGUGUAGCUUCAGGAUAUUGAUUAUAUCGUCAUACAAGUUGUGGAUCAACCUUCUACUUUUUGUCGUGAUGUGGCACAGGAGCAAAGGAGGUGGAAGUGAACAUUCUGGGGCAGCUCCAGUGUCAGAGCUGUGCCAGCUCCAUCAUCAUACUGGCCUACAUCCUCUUGGACCAUUAUCUUAUAUAGAGCUGUGUGUAUAUAUGUAUAUGUAUGUAUGUAUAUAUGUAUGUGUAUAUAUGUGUACAUACGUCUGUAUGAAUGUAUGUGUGUGUAUAUAUUCACUUAGAUAUGCACACACACCCAUACAUAUAUGUAAAAUAUUUUGUUUGACCUUGUAAUGGUGUACAAGGUUUAUUAUCUUGUAUACACUGUAAAAUGUAAUAUUAUUUUGUACAACGCUAUUGAAAAAACUACUUGUAGAAGAUCUUUGUGCCUUGAUUAUGGCUGUACCUGUAAAAUUAACUCAGAUGUAAGUAUGUUUUUGACUGCACUGUACAGCUUGAUGUCAACUUUAUCAUAAGGAGAAAUUGUGGGGGGGGGGGGCUUUCUCUGUAGACUUUAGUUUUUUCUGGUUUAUAAAAAAGGACAUGCUGUUUAGUAAAAAAAAUAAAAUAGGAAAAAAUUCCUGUA